AUGAAGUUUGGCGAUAUCCAGGGCCAGAGCUUAUUUUGGUUGGCGUUGUUGGCUGAGUGUGCCACUGGUUUUGUCGUCACCAAACUGAACACUGUCUCUUCCACUGCGUUCACUGCUACAUCAUUGCCAGACUACGAGGUCGAUAAGAUCAAGUUGGAACCCAAGAAGAAGAAAUGGAGAAGAGAAGACUUGUUUGGUUCUUCAAUUGUUGACCAAACCUUGCAAGAAUUGGAAGAAGAUGACGACUUUCAGGCUACCAAGGAAAAGUUGAAAACAAUCGGUCAAGAAGGAAUGUCGAAGGAAGAACGGACACAACGUCGCAGAGCAUUGGAUAAUCUUGGAAUUGAACCAUUUGCCAAGUUUCUUCGGAAGGAAAUGGGCACAGUCGAUGGCAAGCCCUUUGUUCUGAAGAGACAGACGCCCACAAUUUUGCAAAUCAAUAUCGGUUUGUAUUGCAACCAAGCUUGUGGACAUUGUCACGUCGAAUCGUCUCCUCUUCGUACGGAAGAAAUGAUGACUGCUGAUACCGCAGCUCAGUGCUUGGCAUUGCUUAAGAACACUCAAAGUAUCACGACCCUUGACAUUACUGGCGGAGCUCCUGAGCUGAACGAGAAUUUUCGAUACCUUGUCAAGAUGGCGAGAUCCAUUCGACCAGAUCUAGAAAUCAUCGAUCGGUGCAAUCUUACAGUCUUGCAAGAACCAGGUCAAGAAGACCUUGUUGAGUUCUUGAAAGAGAAUAAAGUACACAUUAUUGCGAGCCUCCCAUGUUACUCGGAGGAAAAUGUGGACCAGCAAAGAGGAAAUGGAGUCUUUGAGCGAUCCAUUGCUGCUCUCCUUGCAUUGAAUGAUGCUGGUUACAGCUCACAGUCCGACUUGAGACUUGAUCUCGUGUACAAUCCUCUCGGCGCCUUCCUCCCGCCACCACAGGAAAAGCUGGAAGUUCAAUACAAGCAGCAGCUGGCGGACAAUUUUGGAAUCCUCUUUGACAGUCUCUUCACCAUUACCAACAUGCCCAUUAAACGAUUCGCAGACUUUUUGCACCGAAGAGAUGAACUGCAAGGUUAUAUGGAUCUGCUGGUCCGGAAUUUCAACAAGGACACAGUUGAGAAUCUCAUGUGUCUGGAGACCAUCAGUGUUGGUUGGGACGGAAAGAUUUAUGACUGUGAUUUCAACCAGCAACUGGGUUAUGCUAUCGGAGUCGACAGUAUUCAUCGAGGAGGCAAGACCGUCUUUGAUCUAGAAUCCCUAGACGAGCUGAUUGAAAGUCGUAUCCGAACUGAUAAUCAUUGUUUCGGCUGUACAGCCGGAAUGGGAUCCAGCUGA